GUUGUCCUAAAGAGUUAUAUUCUAAAAAAGGGACAAAUACAAUAUCCACUUUUUGUCUCGCUAGAUAGAGUACCGUCUUCUGUGAGAAAUUUAUUAGAUGCUGUCAUUACAAUAAAAUUUCUUAAAUAAUCUUUUUGAAAAAAGAAAACAGAAUCCAUAAAUAAUAAUAAUAAUAAUAAUAAUAAUAAUAAAUAAAAUAGUAUACCUCCUCUACCAGUGACCAAAGAACGUCACAAUUCACAAGGCCAAGUGAACGCGAUAGCAAUAGCCAUUGCACUGCUGCACACCAAACCAACCAUUGAGAAUCCCAAAAGCCUCGGAAGUCGGCCUGCGUCUUCAUGUACACAUAUCGGGAAGCUCAAACAGUUUCUCACGGAUAUCUCACUCUUUCUUUGCGCCCAUUAGUGAUGAUGGAGAACCAGAGCGUGGUGGAGUCGAUAAAGUCGAAAUUGCGGGCGCUGAAGAAGUCGAAGAAGCCGUACGUGAAGAUGGACACGAGCUCCAGCGUCAAGGUCGAGAUCCGCAGCAGAAAGGCCCGCAAGCUCAUUGACAAGACCCUUAAGGUAGCCGACCGUCCCGGCAAGGGCAGUAUUGCUUCUUCUUCAUAAUUCUGCCAUUCUGUUUUGGACAAAAUAUGAUAUUGUAUUGGAUAAUGGAUAGAUAUAUCUGCCCUCUCUCUAUCCGUGUUUCUUGGGUUUUGAUCUUUUUAUCUGUGCUUUAAAUUGGUUGUUGGAGUUCCCUGUUGUGCCUACAGAUUCUGGGUUUAUAUUCUUACGUCCUAAGGUUUCAAAGCAUUAAAA